AUGGAAAUUUUUAGGAAUGACCAUGGAGUUGGUGUCUCGUACUCAAAAGCAUGGAGAGCUCAAGAACAUGCAUCAGAACUUGCUAGGGGUUUACCUGCUGAUAGUUAUGAGGUUUUACCGAGUUGGUUCCACAUGAUAGAAAAGAAGAAUCCAGGUACUAUCACUUACAUCAAAGCUGAUUCUGAUAAUAAGUUUAGAUAUGGUUUUCUGGCUUUUGGUGCAUCAAUUAGAGGUUUUAAGUUGAUGAGAAAAGUUAUUUCUAUUGAUGGCGCCCAUUUGAAAUCAAAAUAUAAAGGGACUUUGCUUGCUGCAUCAGCUCAGGAUGGUAAUUUUCAGUUGUAUCCUAUUGCUUUUGCUGUUGUUGAUUCUGAGAAUGAUGCAUCAUGGGAUUGGUUUUUGCGGUGUUUGAAGACUAUUAUUCCUGAUGAAAAUGAUCUAGUUUUCGUGUUUGAUCGGGCUUCUUCAAUUGCAACUGCACUUUCAGUAAAUUAUGAACUUGCUCAUCAUGGGAUCUGCACUUUCCACUUGCACAAGAACCUGGAAACACGAUUUAGAGCUUCUGCUUCUUUUCUUCCAGUUGUUCAUGAUGCUUCAAGAGCUUACACUCUAUAUGAUUUUGAUUAUUUGUUCAGUCAAAUUUCCAAUGGUAAUCCGGAACUUGGAGAAUAUCUUUGGCAAGCUGAUAUUAGGAAAUGGUCUCGUGCAUAUUCUCCUUCUAACCGGUACAACAUCAUGACAUCUAAUUGUGCCGAGUCCAUUAACUCCUUGUUAAAAGAGACUCGCGAGUAUCCAAUUGUCUGCCUGUUUGAGACAAUCAGGUUUACAGACGUAUGUGGUGAAUUUGGACACAAGGAAAUGCACAUGAUAUGGCGUUUAGGAUAUUCAGAGAGCAUCCACCCAGUAGGUGAUAUGGAGUAUUGGGAGAUUCCAGAGAGUGUUAGUACUUCUAUUUGGCCACCUUCUACUCGUAUACCUAAUGGCAGGCGAAAGAAAAAGAGAAUAGCUAGUUCAUGGGAGCAUGGAAAGGCUAAGACAAAUUCAAAACAAUACAAAUGCAGUAGGUGUGGUCAAUGUGGACACAACAAAUCUAGUUGUGUAGCUGCUAUCUAA